GAGACUGGAAAUAAAAAAUAAAAAAUAAAAAACAACGCGGAGCGACUGUCACUGCUUCUAUAAAGUCCGCAGUAUGGCGACCCUUUUCAUUCCCUACUGUUUAAUGGAGACCAGGAAGAGAUUUUCUAAAUGCAAUUUAAUCAGCAUCCUGGGAGUGGUGACAGUCUUCUUCAUCUAUCUCAGCCUUGAUGGGAAAUUGGAUAGCUGGCAUCCUGUAACUCACUCAGGAAUACCAUCUCCAUCAAGACCUUAUCAUGUGGCCUAUCCAGAAGACUACAAAUUCAUCAUGGAUGACACAGAGACAUGUAAGAACAGGACUCCUUUUCUGGUCCUGAUGGUUCCAGUGGCACCCAGUAAUGUGGCAGCUCGGGACGUCAUUCGAACGACAUGGGGAAACGAGACAGUGGUUCUGGGUCAGCUGGUCGAGACCCUCUUCAUACUGGGCAUGCCCGGAGGCGCUAACGCUGAGCAGGAGCAAGAGAUGCUCAAAGAGGAGAAUCGGCAGCACCACGACUUGAUCCAGAGUAACUUCCAGGACAGCUACCACAAUCUGACCAUCAAGACUAUGGUCAUGCUGGAGUGGCUGUCCGAGCACUGUACCGGUGCUUCUUAUGCCAUGAAGAUUGACUCAGAUAUGUUACUCAAUGUCCAGAAUUUGAUUAAACUUUUGCUGAAUCCCAGCACAGCCAAACAAAACUACAUGACAGGUCUGGUGUGGUGGCACAGCCCGGUUUUAAGAAACCCAUACAGGAAGUUCUACAUGCCGAGAUACGUGUUUGCUGAGCCAGAGUACCCCCCAUAUCCUCUGGGCAUGGCCUACAUUAUGUCCCUGGACCUGCCCGGGAAGAUUCUGAGUGUCUCUCCUCAGAUUGAACCCAUCUAUAUCGAAGACGCCUACCUGGGUAUGUGUCUGAAACACCUGGGCAUUUCCCCCACCGACCCUGCUGAAAAGACUAUGUUUAUUGUCAACCCCAGGCACCCUCUGAGCAGCUGCAGCCUUUCGAAAGUGAUCGCCAUGACAACGACAAGCAUCUCACAAAUGAAGUAUUACUACAGGAAGAUCAGGUCGUCAGAAGCUAAUUGCUGAACUUAAUCAUUUUUACCCAGACUGAGUUGGGACUUUUUCGUAUUCGUGACUCCUUCACUUCUAUUCAGUUCAAUAUUUUCCAAAAAUUAAAAUGGAGCAUAUUUAUUAAAUGUUUGCAGACAAUGUGAAAGCACAUUGUUUGACAAAAAAUCUCUUUGUACAAAAAACAAACCAUAGAUAUAAGGCUUUGAACCCACAACCUCUUUGUUAUCGAGUGUUGUUCUCAAACGGCUGAACUAGUAGGACCUUCUAAGCUGUAUGAGCUCUGUCACAGAUACAUCGGACGGAUACAUUUUGAUUAUAAACAUGCAGCUACGUCAGGGGUUUUCAAAGUCUGACAUUUUCGGAGUUUUCUUUCCACAGUGCUGUUGUAUUGUUGCCAACAACGACAAGAAAUAUGUCUUAAAUUACACUGGCUUCACCUCAGAGGUAUCAUGCUCCUGUAAUGAGUUCUGUAGUUUGCUUGUGGCUGAAAAUUGAUUCUACGGCUCUACGUGGUGAAAAAUCUCGCACAAAAUUUUGAUAUUUCAAAUUCUAUACAGCUCAGUAUUAAAAAAAAAAAAAACCCCUCAAGGCUUCAAUCAUGUUAUCCUUGGGAAAAAUAAACAGUGUUUUAGGGACAGAAUAUUACAAAACAUGCCGUCAUAUGAUGGUACCUUCUAUUUCACCGUAAAGAGUUGAAGGUCCAACAUUAUGGGCAUUGUUUAAAAAAAAUGACGUUUUCGAAAAUCAAUGUUACAAUGUAAAGAAAUUUGCCUCGAUUUGUAAAAUUACACUUUGUACUUUGUACUUUGGAAGACAGAACACUCCAGUGUAAUUCAGUUGCCUUCUUAAACCCUCUGCACAGUUGAAGUUGGUCCUUAGUCCACAAGGGGACAGACUAGCGUCAGAUAAACUACAAGAAUCCACUGCAGCCUGUGCCUGCAGUGAGUCCAGUUUUCUGGGUGACUCAGGAAAUAACCGUGAUUUUAAAAAAUGUUUACACUUUGCUAUGAUGUUUAUGAACAGCACUAGAUCAUGUUUGGAUUAUGUGGAUCAUACUGGCAUAGCUAUAUUAACAACUUUACUGUACAUUUCAGUUUUUUCUUCCAUUCAGUUGAUAAUUCUUCAGAAUCGGUCAAAGCUGCUUUAGAAAAAAAAAGCCCUUUAUGACUUUUCCUUAAGACAACGAAGACUGUUUUCUGUGAUCUUUACUCAUCGAUCUGCACCACAGUUUCCAUUUCCCAUCAUAGCCUGAUUUUGCAUAGCAGGCAAAGCGCCACCAAGCAGAUAGAAAACGUGUGAUAAAAUUAGGCAGUGAUUAUGAGGAGAGCACACUGUACUGAGACGGGACCUGGCCAUGGACUGGGCCUGCCGGUCACGGCAGAGAAUGAGAAUAAGUGUGAGCAAGUGACUGAAGCUGACUGUUCUUAAACCAUGGUCAGACAUAGGAUCAUUCUCCUCUUACAUUUAUGUUUCAACUUAAAGAAAAGCAAAGCAGAAAGAGCACAAGGACCUCACCUUGGUCUCUUGCUCUCUGGCAUGAACAGUCUUUUUCUCUCCCAUUUGUUGUCAUUCAUCUACAGCUGUCUAUGAUCUGUUCUCCCUCUGUCAGAUAAGGGAGGAUCCCUAGAGUCAAAGGCCCUGCUCCCCCUUUUCCUGCCGACCGCAGCCUGCAUAAAUCACACAGAUGCUGAAAACCCAAACCCCGGAUCCACACAUUCCUUGUUUUG